AUGAGAUCUAGAAACAUCCUGUCAGCGGCUGUUGUCCUGCCUUCGGCUCUCGCAAUUGGAACAAACUCUCAGGUCAACGCAGGCAUCGACUAUGGCACUUUCGAAACACCUUCAUCAAAUGUUCGUCCAAGAUUUCGUUACUGGAUACCUGAUGCUUCGGUGAACCUCAGUCAAGUCACAGAAGAUAUCAAAGAGGUCAAGAAAGUUGGUGCGGGAGGUGUUGAAUUGCUUGGAUAUUACAACUAUGGUGACACUACAUUCUUCACAUCAGCCAUUCCUACCGACUGGACCAAGUAUGGAUGGGGUACGCAGGCCUGGCGAGAACUUCAAGACACGGCCCUGAGGGCAUCAAGAGAUAGUGGACUCAUCAUCGAUUUGGCCAUGGGGCCGAAUCAAGGUGCAGGAGUGCCAGCUCCAUAUGAGUCCGAUGGACUUCAAUGGGACCUUCAACCAUUUAACAUCACUGUCCCGAUUGGUGGCAUUUUCGACGGUCUCCUUCCAGGUUGGGGCACUGGGCCUUUGGUGUCAGCUUCUUCCGCGUUGCUUACCAAAACUACAAACACUACCUCUGCUAUCCGCAAGACUCUACAACAUCAGUCACUAACGGACAUUACUACCAAAAUCGGCUCUGACGGCCGUCUGAAGAUCCAGUUCCCUUCUGGCACAUCCGGCGAAAGCUAUGUUGUGUUUGCUUACUAUCUCGUCCACACGGAGUUCAGAGAGCAGCGGUCACCUGGAUCUGUCAUCCCGGGAGUUGCUCAAUCUCCGGUGACGAACUAUGUACAGAAUGGCUCUUGGGUUGUGGAUCACUUCUCGGAGAAGGGUGCUGGGCUAGUGGUCGACUUUUGGCAACGCUACCUGCUCAAUGGCAGCGAUACCACUCAGCUGUUGCAAGAAGUUGGUAACUACGUCUGGGAAGAUAGUCAAGAGUAUCCUGCCAACGUGCUCUGGACUCCUGAACUCGCUAGUGCUUUCACCACCGAUCAUAAUUACAGUGUCAAAGGUUACUUACCGCUGCUACUCAGUGGCAAUGCUGCUAACAAUAUACCGGUCAUCUAUGUCACCGAUGAGGCUGACUCCGGUGCCAGUCAUGUCACGGACUACCGUCAGACGCUCACAAUGCUCAACGUCAAGUACCUCAAUACGUUGACUCAGUGGGCCCAUUCCGUAGGCAUGCAGUCAUCUGCACAAGUCGUCUACAACCUGCCGAUGGACAUGCUUGCCAACAUUCCUAGCGUCGACGCUCCCGAGACUGAGACUCUCGGCUUCUCGCACAAUAUUGACGGCUACAGGCAAUACGCCGGUCCUGCCAACCUUGCAGGCAAACGCGUCAUAUCCUCUGAGUCCGGUGCAGUCACGACGGAAGUCUACCAGCAAACCAUUCCUGAGCUUCUAUGGGACCUCAAGCGAUCUUACGUUGGGGGUGUCAACAACCAUAUUCUACAUGGAUAUCCUUACACAGGAGUAUAUCCCAACUCAACUUGGCCAUCCUGGACAACAUUCGGCUAUCUUUUCUCUGAAAUGCACAAUCGUCAUCAACCUGGCUGGGACUUCUACAGCGAUUUUAUGAACUACAUAUCUCGGGUGCAGUACGUCUCUCAAGCUGGCGUUCCUAAGAGGGAUGUCGUGUUUUGGCUCAAAGAUACAUCUUACCCCUCGGUACCCACACGUUAUUGGCCGACGGAUCUGCAAGAUGCUGGAUACACCUAUGAGUAUCUCUCACCCGAUGACUUCUCCCUUCCAGCAGCACAAGUCUGCGAUGGUGUUCUUGCGCCAACUCGACAAUCUUUCAAGGCUAUCAUUGUUCGCGGGAAUGAUACUCUGACUGCCUCGGGCGUGUCCAAAUUAGCAGAAUGGGCUCAUCAAGGUCUGCCGGUCGUCUUCUCUGGAGGCAUCCCGUUGAAUGUCUCUGGCACGACUACUGUGCCUCUCAGUACAAUCAAGUCAGAUCUCACUAGACUGUUGAAGCUGAAGAAUGUACACUCUGUGCCAUAUGAAAACCUUGCAAAAUCUCUGUUGGCCAUUGGAAUCAUACCACGCACUGCUGUUUCCAAGGAUAAGGUGUCCAACACCACGUGGUUCACCAAUUGGCGUGAGGAUACCAAUGCUUCUACAUCGUAUGUCUUCAUCUACAACGACGCAACAGGGCUGUCUAGAGGAUCUGGUGCAUCAACAGGCAAUAUAACUUUCGAAAUCCUUGGCACUCCGUACAUUUACGAUGCUUGGACUGGUGUGAAAACACCCAUUGUUGACUAUCAACAAUAUAUGAACACCACGACUAUACCAAUCACCUUGGCUGGAAAUCAGACAACGAUCUUAGCCUUUGAGCGAGCUGGAACAUACACAAAGCCAUCAGUACACGUUGAGCACAGCUCAGAGCAGAUCAAUACCGUAUCCCAUGGCAAGUAUCUGGUCAACUGUGGUCAUAAAACAUGUACAGCGAAACUCUCAAACGGCACCACAGUCACCUUACCCACCUCAACCUUGACACCAAUAGCACUCAAGAACUGGACACUGAUCAUCGAAUCUUGGACAGCACCUUCCAAUCUCUACGAUAUCGAAGGCACAGUCAAAACAAACACAACCCACAGCCUGACUUCACUCAUCCCAUGGAACCAAAUCCCAAACGCAAAUCUCAGCCACGUCUCCGGUCGAGGCUACUACUCCACCUCAUUCACCUGGCCACCUUAUUCAUCAUCUAAACCCACAGGCGCAGAACUAAACCUCGGCAGUAUAAUACACACUGCACGAGCAUAUCUCAACGGCGUACCUCUCCCACCUCUAGAUGUCACAGACGCUAGAGCUGACUUGACACCUUACCUGAGAAAUGGAGUUAAUGAGCUGCAAGUUGUUGUUGCUACACCGUAUGGAAAUGCGCUGGGACUUGUUUGGGACAGUCUGAGGAGUUAUGGUGAUAAGCCCGGGGCUCCUGCGCCGAGGGUUGCAGAGUAUGGGCUUGUGGGUGAGGUUUCUGUUACUCCGUUUGUGGAUGUGCGGCUUUGA